AUGGAUUGGAAUUGGGAGCGGAGCUCGAUAUUGGAUUGUUAUUUGCAGCGAAAUCUGGUUGCAUAUGGCGGUCUACUGGAUCAAGUGGUCUUCAUCCCCGAAAGGAGGGAAUGGCGACACCUCGAGUGGCUGUACGAGACUGUGAACAAAUCGGAUUUCUAUUCGAUCAGCCAAUCUCUCCCCGCAGCGGAUGCCAACAAUGUAUACAUCAAAAUUGACGGUGAUGUUGUCUAUAUCGAGGAUAAUGUGAUUCCUACUAUUGUCAACACAAGAUUACAAAAUCCAGACACGAGCAUCAUUUCCGCGAAUGUCAUUCACCAACCCGCCGUCGCCGAGUUUCACCGUAGACCGGGCGUGCUAUUACCGCAAGUACUCGAUAUUCACUCCUUGAGUCAGGACUCUAGAGCAUCAUCGGAACGGAGCUGGAAUCCGUUCUGGCCCUAUUGGAGGGAUAUGCUAAAAUCGUGGUUCCCCGUUGGUGCCCACCCUACAUCAGAACCCGCAAGCGCGACUGAGACACACACCUGGCUCUCGCAAGCGCAACAACACAAUUCGUUCCUCUAUCACCUCGAGCGCGGCGAAUUACAGAACUACAAAUUCCCACUGUGGAAGAAUCCACCUGGAAAACUAUCGGGCGCAUUCAUCGUUUUGCCGAAUGGCAACAACACCAUCAGUUCUUUGAAUCAAAAUGUGCUGAUAGACGGCAAGGGGGUGGUCUCGCAUUACGACGACGCGGUUGGAGUGGAGGGAUUAGACUCAACCGAUAUCCUCGAUCGGUACAGGAAAUAUGCCGAAGAGCAUAUCUGUUUUGCGGAUUAA